UUUUUUUUUUUUUUUUCUUUUUUCCCUGCAACAAACACACUCCAGAAAAAACCUCUGCAGUCGGGGCUGGCCUCUUCUCCUUCUCCUUCUUUCUUUUUGCCGUCGCUGCUGUUGUUUUUCAUCAAACCAUCGCUGCCCUCUCCUCAUUUCAAGCCUGUUGAUCUACUAUGGGGACUGAAGGGCCUAAGGACUCGCUAGACUGGAAAACAAUAGGCGACUCGGCAAAAAGCGAGCCCGAUGCUGGACCUGUUGUGAAAAAGCGGCUUCCAAAGAAGAUGAGGCACAUUCCCGACUACUAUUUUCUUCCGCGUAGAUCCAUGCUUGCUAACAUUGCGAUUUAUGGUUCAUGCAUUGUUGGCGGAAUUGGAGCCGGAAUGCUAACGGAAAUUUGGAUUAACAAGAAAGUACAAGAGGAUGGAAAUGGUGUUCUCUGGGAAUUUGACAAAUGAACUCGACACACAAAUGGUUGCUUAUGCUUUUGCCAUUUACUAUUAUGCGGGAUCUGCUAGAGGGAAGGUAUGACAGUUAAAAGAAUACGUAUAAUUGUCGCUAAAAAGUGUUUAAGCGUACUGUUUGGAUUGAUUCAUUCCUUCCUUUAGUUUGAUUGUCACUCGUUUCUUUUAUUCAAAAUUAAUGAAAAAAGUAGGUGAAAUUUUCUUUAAACA